CAGUCCGCCGGAUCCGCCGAACUCUUGCACGACGUGGGAUUCUCCUUCACCUUGAAGAUAAUUCCUCUCGAGAACACCGAAAAGAAAGGAUUUAACAUACCAGGUACUAGUACGAAGUUCUUGUGAGAAUGGCUUUCGGAACUGUCGCACCUCCCCAUCGAGAGCUCGGAAUAUGUUGGUAGGUUCUGCUUGGCUGUGGGAAAUCAUCCAGGUUCCAGCGACAACGAUGAUGUUGCCAAGGUUACCAAGGCAACUGACAAUGCAAAACAGGCGCAAGAAAAGUUCCUGGUCAUUCGCAUCGUUACCUUAGGAAGGUCUUCUCGUGUUUGAGAGCUUGAUUUCUGGGAUUCAUGGUUGCUUGAGAAACUCGAAGCCCUGAUGCUGAAGGAACGAGGUUCGAUAACAACGAUCCACUCUCUCCCCAAGUAAAGAAGUUCCCCAACGUUGGACUUAGCAAACGGCAACGAUACUCCUCGGUUGCUCCUGCGACUAGAGACGAUGAACGACAACGGCGCUGACGUCGGAGAUGGCCCGAAAGGAGACGAGGCCUUCCUGAAAUCCGGCGAAAAGCAACCGGAAGUGCUAUUGAAGGCAACAACAGAAAGGCAAAGGCAUGGUGAUAGAGAUCGAACGCUCAAAGCAAGGGAGAAGGCGUUUGAAGAUAAGGUUGAAACUGCAGCCAAAGACAACACGAAAACCUGGUCCAGUCCUGUUACCGAGCCGCUGGAUCUGACGGAUGUUGCUAUCUCGGUUGGACAGCACGAACAGGAUGAUAAGCAAGACGGGCAAGUUGGCAUUGCGAGAACAAAAUUCCGAGAACAGAGCAAUGGCAUGCCGGCAAUCAGCGAGAAUGGUGCCAACAAUGGAAUGUUCGGUUUGACACAGAUCGUUGACGAUCUAAGGCAGCAAUACCUAGGCGACUUGGAAUCGAUUCCAAACAACGGACAACAUCAAGCUUCACUAGCAUCUUCACCCGGCGCAUUUCACGUCGGUUCACCCUUUGCAAUAACAGGCAAUGAUGACGAUGGGACUGUUGUCUACACCACCCCAGGGAGCCAAGAGGAUUCGAUGCCGCGACACACUACUCUGGAAGCUGUAAAUUCCAAUGCCCCCUUGACGGCAACUAUCUAUGAUGGAGGUCAGAAUGGUCAUCAUCAUUGCCGUGACAGUCAUGUAAGGCUUUCGGAGCAGAGUACUGAUCUGGAGCAGCCAGUUGUCCAUGAUGAGCACCAGCUUGUGGAUGCGGAGCCAGUCAAGGAGGAUAAAGAACGACCUGGAUUCAUCACCUUCUGUGGCUGGACAGGGACCACUGCCCAGGCAACUGGAGGACUCUUUGUCUUGCUGCUAGUUGCAGUUCUCAUGGCUUUGGGAUUGGGAGGAGUUUUCUCUUCUGGGGGUGCUGUGGAAGAGAGUGGACUUCACUACACCACCACCAACGAAAACAACCUCGAUGAUGGAUUAGUCAACAACUCUUCAUUAUCUGCCCAGCCAACAUCACUCCCAGAAUCACAAGAAGCAUUUCCUUCGCUGCUAGAAGAAGUCUAUGAAAGAGGAUACCUCAAGUGCUUUUACAUUCCACUGCCUCCGUUCCUCUACCGUGACAACCAUACAGGGGAAGUGUUGGGCUUCAAUUCUGCUUGGUGCAAGGCUAUUGCUGCAGCCAUCUUUGGAGAUGCCAACUCAACAACCGUUCAAUAUGUGCCAUUUGUUCCCUAUGUGACAAAUGUCAACAUCCAGAACAACACAGCUGAUGUCAAUACUUGGGGUAUGCCUCCAUUCAUGAAUCGCCAUGUUUUUGGGCCUGUAGAUCUUGCAGGUCGCUUCUUCUCCACACCAUUCUAUUACCAAAGCGUUCUUGUUGGUGGCGAUCCUUUCCAUGUGCAACACUGUGUCCAAGACAACAACUUCAAACACAUUGACGAAUGCAGUGAACUGAGGGCAUGCUUUUCAGGUGGAUUGCAACAGGAAAGGUUUGCCAAAUCAGUGCUAGCAGAACGGCGUCUAGUCAGAAGCAACAGUUUUGACAGUACAGUACAGCUGUUCGCCAAUGGUACAUGCAAUGUUCACAUCAUCUUGGCCCUCAAGAAUGCAUUGCCCUUGAAGUUGCUCCGAGACAAUGGAUACCAAGGAGAAUAUAUCGUUGGAGAUAAAAUCCAUGGCCAAAACUCCAUGUCCAUUGUCACAAGGCAUGGCGAUGCAAGAUGGGCGGAUUUUUGCAAUGCAGUCUUUCACUCCCUUUUGACUGCAGUCCAGCAUGGAAUUGACCAGAUGAAUGCAUAUGAGAUGCCUCAAACAUAUGUUUUUGGAGAGAACUACAAGAACAUGUUCAAGAAUGCUGUCAAGGCUGUUGGCAACUAUGGAACAAUCUAUGAGCAGUACUUUAGUCCAAAUUGGGAAAAGACUGGAGGUUUAAAUAGGGUCCACAAUGGGAGGAGCCAUGAUGGUGACAAUGACACAACUGGGCUUCUCAUCUCACUUCCUCUGGGCGAACUCCCCAAUUCCCCUAUUGACCGCCCCCUUGGGCCCAUCCUGGAAGGCAUCUUGACCCGAGGCUACUUGCAAUGUGGUGUCCAAUUGGACAGACCAGGCUUUGCUGUGACUAAUGAUUCCGUUGCAGGAGGAGCAUCCGGAAUGGAUGUAGACUUUUGCCAGGCCCUGGCUGCUAGUCUCUUUCAAGGUGAUGCCACUGCAUUGGAGCUUGUGUCAGUGCACAGCCAAAGGGAUGGGUUCCACAAGCUUGCAACUUCCCACGAGAUUGAUAUCUUGGCUGGGGCUACAUGGAACUUGACCAAUGAGGUUCGGGAACCCGCUACUGGAGUUGGGUUUGCCUUUAGCCAGCCUUACUUUUAUGGCUUCAGCAAAGAUGAAGACAAUUUCUGCCUGGCUACCCUGGAAGAUGACCAUGAUUGGUACACAUUUGUGUUUUGGACAGUGGCUGCAACCAUCUUUGCUGAGGAGCGAGGCAUCAACCAGAUGCAGCAUUAUGACAUGCCCCUAAUCUACACCUACAAUGGACAUCUUGGACGGAUGUUCAGAGAUGCAAUACUUGCUGUGGGAAACUAUGGAGAGAUUUAUGGUAGAAACUUGCAAAGCUUGAUUCCAAGGUCUGGACGGAACAGACUGAAUCAGUACCCGCACCAGGGACCUAGGCACUACCCCAUGCCUGGGAUAAUGGAUUGAUAAUGACGAUUUGAUCAAUGCUCUCACCAGGGACCACGUCGCUAAUAAGCCUAUGAUAGCUAUAGAUCAUGGAUGGAUGAGUCGAAAGGCCAGCCGAAGGG